CCUCCUCCUCCUCCUCCUCCUCUCCCCUCCCUCUCGUACUCUCUUCUUCGUUCGUGAUGGAGCUUAGCACGAGUGCCCGAAUCCAGGAGCUCACGAAAAAGUUACGUACGACAUUGAGUUACGCACAUUGGAAAGCAUCGCAUAAUCACCAGACCAGUACGAUAUCGGAGUUGGAGGAGAGGUACUUGGGGGGGAGGGUACAUACUCACAGGCUACCAAUGGGCACAUUGUCGCACGCCUCGGCCUCGACAUUUCACCCCGACGAUGAUAGCCGCCAUGUACAGCAAAAGAUGCUCCUCCCUGUUUUGUCUUUCACUACCAAACAACCAGACCAGGAUGAAGGACGAAAAGACCUCGAAACAGUCUGGGACCACCCAGAACUAAACCCCGCCUCCUCCCGCCCCUCCUCAAUCUACAAUGGACUCACCUCCCACCCCACAACGCCGACACGUACCCGCUUCGACUCAAACCCAAGCUCAAAACACCAUCAUUCACGUACCAGUCGGAGUCAUCGACGCGUACCGAGUUUGCAGACACAACUACAGUUACAGCAGAGUCCGUUGGUAUUUCCGCCCUUCUUUACCGCGAGUCCGGAGCGGAAACGAAACCCAAAUCCUAUGCAUCCCCGUCACGAAGCUCUAGCGCUACACUUUGGCCUGGAUUCAAGCAGACCUCUGGUGAACGGUUGUCAGGGCUCGAGUCCAGGGCUUAGACCCGGGAGUGAAGAUUCGGCGGCAGCGCAGAUCAUGAUGAUGUUUCUUAAUUCGGGGGCGCAUAGUCCUGGAGAUACUGAGCUAGAUUUUGGAGGAGAGGAGGAGGAGGAGGAGAAGCAUACCAGUAGUCAGUUUACAGAGACGUACAGUGGGAGGAAAAGAACGGCGGGGAGGGUAAUGAGUGGUGAUGACAGGGAAGAGACCGUUGAGCCUCAGAAUGUGAAGAGGAGGAGGUGAGGGGGUGGAUGAUGGGCGUGUGACUUUUUAGGUGGACAGGUU